AUGGAGGACAACAUCAAGGAAAACAGAACCAGCUUGAAUGAUGACACUGAAAAUAUCCAUAGAGAAGGAUCCGACGACAUGCCACGAGAAAAGCAACCGGCAAAAGGACAGGAAGGCGAACCAUGGUACACGAAGCCCGAACUGAUGGGCAACACAGUGGGCGACAGGCUGAAAGAAGUCCUCUCCCCCGUAGGCCAGCACGUGGGCCCAGUAUUCUCGCAUAGUGCACGACCUGUCGGUGGAGUCGUUGAGCCAACAGUCGGUGGAGUUAUGAAGAUGGGUAAGGGCUGGGGAGAACAACUUGGUGUGGGCUUCGGCAACCACGAAGGCGGUCCCGCCAAUCAAAUGGAAGCAGAGGGAGAGAAAAUGAAAGAACAAAUUGGUGGCAAAGAGCAGACUGCCGAUAAUCCUCUAGGUCUAUAA